AUGUCAUCAGGCUGUGGUUGUGGCUCAAGCUGCUCUUGCGGCAGCAACUGCAGUUGCGGCAAAAUGUACCCGGAUGUGGAGAAGAGCACAACAGUUACCAUCAUUGAAGGGGUCGCACCAAUGAAGAUGUACUCUGAGGGAUCUGAGAAAAGCUUCAGUGCUGAAGGAGCAGCUGGCUACCUUUUACUUCACUAUGCAAUCUCUUCUUUCAAUCCAGCAAUGGAGAUAGAGACACGCAGCGAAGACAACAGUGGAAGUAGCAAUCCUUUCAAUCUUGGAGGAGAGAAGUCUGAAGUAAGUAGGGCUCAUAGGUCUUGA